UUUCCUUAUCUAAUAAUUUGAAUAUCCAUAUGUUUUAUAAUUUAUUUAGUGAUAUUUUUAUUAGCCUAUUGGUAGGACCAAUGACGUAUAUGGACAUAAACAACAUCAAUGUUAGAUUUACUAAAUUAGAAUAAAAUGGAAUGAAAUAAUUGCUGUCACAGAACAGACAUUUUAUUAAAUAUUAUCUUAGUUAAUUGUGGUUUUAGUUUCAUUUUAUUCAAAAAAGACAUUUAUUAUGGCUGAGGAGGAAGAUGAAAAGGAAUAUCGUUGGGAGACUGGUUAUGAGAAAACAUGGGAAGCUAUCAAAGAGGACGAUCAUGGCAUGCUCGAGGCAUCUGUCGCAGAUAUUAUACAUAAAGCAAAAAGAAAACGACAGUCCGAAAGAAAAGGUGGUGCAAGACUUGGGAUGAUGCGUCACCUUUUUAUAAUUCUUGAUUGCUCUGCAUCCAUGAUGAACCAAGACUUAAAACCUACCCGUUUACUUUGUUCUAUAAAACUCUUGGAAGACUUUGUCGACGAGUUCUUCUAUCAGAACCCUAUAAGUCAAAUGGGAAUCAUUGUAACAAGGAACAAGCGUGCAGAAAAAAUAAGUGAUUUAACUGGAAAUCCCAAGAAACACAUUAAAGAAUUGCAGAACUUGCAACAUACCGCUUUAACAGGUGAACCAUCUUUACAAAACUCCUUAGAAUUGGCACUAAAAUCUCUACGUUUAUUGCCAUCUCAUGCCAGCAGAGAGAUUCUAAUUUUAAUAGGAUCUCUCACUACUUGUGAUCCUGGUGACAUUAAUCCAUUAAUUAAGACUAUGAAGGUUGAAGGAGUACGCUGCAGUGUAAUUGGAUUGGCUGCUGAAUUGUGUGUCUGUAAACGUAUUGCGUCAGCUACUGGUGGAGAACACAGCGUAGUUCUCGAUGAUAAACAUUACAAAGAACAAUUGAAUGCACACAUUGAUCCUCCACCAGCUACAACCCGACUCGAUGCAGCUUUGGUCAAAAUGGGAUUUCCUCACCAUGCUCUUCAUAAUUCUACUACUGAUGCAGCCAUGACAGUUUGCAUGUGUCAUGCCGAAAGUACAGAUGAGUCCAGUAGGUUGAUGUCGACUGGUUAUCUAUGUCCUCAAUGUCUUAGCAAGCAUUGCGAACUGCCAGUAGAAUGUCGAGCUUGUGGCUUGACUUUAGUAUCUGCCCCACACUUAGCACGCUCCUACCAUUAUUUAUUCCCUGUGAAACCAUUUCGCGAGAUCGCAUACGAAUCUAAUACGCCAAGUUCUUGUUUCGGAUGCCAGAAAAGUUUUUCUAACACCGAGAAAAAGGUAUAUAUCUGCGACAAGUGCAUGAACGUUUUCUGUGUGGACUGUGAGAUUUUCAUCCAUGAAUCUUUGCAUACUUGUCCGGGCUGUGCAAAUAAUCCUGAUACAUUUCUGAAGAAUGCUGAUAGUUUACCAGCGACUUAGUACCUAAUGAAAACAGAUCACAAUCAUCAUCAAAGAAAUAAAGAUCACACAAACUAUGUA